UCAAUUUACGCCUUCACUAGAAAACUUAUAAAAAUCUCUAACAAGAUCGCCGGCGCACACAACACAAACACAUGUCUUCCAACAAGAUACACAAACUGAAGAGCAUUUUCACCGUAAAUGGCGGCUGCGGCUGCCGCCCUAAGCCAGCUGACAUCAUCCACCCACAAUCCAAAUCCUCACUCUCCGAUAAAAAAUCCACCCUCCUCCCCUCCUCCUCCGCCACUUCCUCCGAGAGCCGCCGCCGCAAGUCCGCCGCCGAAGACGAUGGCUGGUCCUCCUCCACCUUCGACUCCUCCCCCCACCGCCACACCAUAUUCUCCGACUCCUGCCCCAAAAUCCAAAACAGCGUCGCGGUCGUCAAAGAUUCCGACGAUCCCUAUCAAGAUUUUCGGCAAUCCAUGCUUCAGAUGAUCCUUGAGAAAAGAAUCUACUCUAGAAACGAUCUGCAGCAGCUUCUCGACUGCUUUCUGAAGCUCAAUUCGCCGCACCACCACGAGGUCAUCGUCCGAGCGUUCGCCGAGAUAUGGAACGGCGGGAGGGAGAAGGAGGAGGCGAUGUGAAUACAUUAGAUAUGUGUGGGGCGGGCACGUGGAGGUGGGGUGGCCAUGUGAUUACACAUUAAAUUUCACAUGUGGAGUUGAAAUUUCAAUUAAUAGAGUGGAAACUAAUUGAAUUGGACAGCCAAAGCGAUCGCCAUUUUUGUGGAUUGGAACAAGGUUGAAUUCAAUACCAUAAUGUAAGUGUAGGUGUUAUAAUAAGUGGAAAUGAAAUUCGAAAUAAUCUAAGAAUUUAGUACUACUCCUAUUACUUAUUUUCUCUCUACUUUUGACCUUUUUCUGUAAAUUUGUACUAAUAUGUAGCUUGAUUGAACAUCGAGGAUAUUGCUGAUUAUAAAUUUCGUCCAGCUUAUUUUCUUUUACGGCAUUCGGUGUACACGAGGCAGUGAGCUUCAUUUUAUUAGUACUAAUUUUACGGGUUCCUAG